AUGAAUUCGAAUCAACCUGAGGAUACUACUACUGAAUUCUCCUUGAUAUCCUCUCUCAGAUACGAUCCUGAUUUACCUAGCGCUACCAGUGUAUAUGCAAAAGAACGAUACCCGGAACCACACGAUUCACCUUACUACCUCCUCCGAUUCCAUCAGGACCGCCUCCUCAAAGGCGCUACAAACUUCAAAUGGUUGAAAGCAGCUGCAUUCCUACAGCAACCCCUGGAGAAAUUCGUGGAGACGCUUGACAAAUUUAUACCAGAUCGCAGUAAAGCAUGGAGGCUACGGAUAGUGGUUGAUGUGGAAGGGCGAUGUUCGGUGGAUGUGCAUCCAGCAAGUGCGUGGCCGCUUCGAUGCAUGUUUUUACCUACUUCUUUUGAUCAGCUUGAAUCAUUGAACUCGUCGUUUCCGUGGAGAUUGAUUGUUGAUUCCGUUCCAACUAAGCCGUCCGAUUUCACUACGUAUAAAAGUACGUCACGCGCUCAUUACGAUUCAGCGCGACGGAGAGCUGGGAUCAAAUCUCCGAGUGAUCCUAUAGAGGUGUUACUAGUUAACCCUCUGGGUGAGGUUAUGGAGGGAAGUAUCACGACUGCAUAUUUCAGAAGACGGUUACAUCACCCACAGGAAGAAAUAAGGUCGGAAUGGAUUACGCCGCCUAUUAGUAGUGGUGGUAUGAUCAGCGUAAGUAGACAGUAUGCUUUGGAUCAUGGGUUUUGCACGGAGCAAAUCAUCCGAGUAGAUGAACUUGUUGACAGGGAGAAUCUGGAUCCCAAGUUUGGAAGCUAUCGACCAAAACGUGUCCAGGGAAGUGUUUUUAAGAAUUAG